AUGCUCGCCCAAUCAACAACUCUUCUCCUGGCCCUUGGCGCCGUUGCCUCCGCACAGACGAUGAAGGGCUUCCCGUCUAGCAUCACUUGCUUGAAGGAUGACGGCACCAAUGGCACUGUCUCACAGGCCCAGAUUGAGUCUGCCAUCGUCGGCCCUCAGGGGGAUCUCAUAGAGCAGUCCGCUGCGAACGCCGCCUCGGGCCAUUGUGUUACGCUUAGCAUCCCUCUGUACAAUAUCGUUGCUGGAGACAUUGCAUCUGUCAGCUAUGCUUACGAUAAUGCCACGGACACGUACAACUUCUGUCUCGCUCAGGGAGCUACCGACCCGAAACUCGGGUACCCGACCCGGUGCACUGAGAACUAG